CAGCAUUAAAUGCAUUUAUGAAGAAGAACAUGUGGGGAACCCAGACGAACCCAACUUUUCUUCUUCUACCGACGACGACUAGGGGAACCCAAGAGAUCGUCACUACAAUCAACCAAGGCCAACCAAGGCGGGUUAUGGGAUUUACUUUUCUUCUUCUUCCGACGGCGACCAAGGCGAACCGAAGUAGAUCGCCAGUGUAAUCAACCUAGGCGAACCCCAACAUCCAUCGUCUUUGCCGCAAUCAACGAAACCAUCUCGAUCUGGGUUUUUAGGGUUUCAAUUUUUGGGUUUUGGGGUUUCAAUUUCUGGGUUUUGGGUUUCUGAUUCGUGUUUUAUUUUGAGUUCUACCUCAAACUCCUUCGUCGACAGUUUUGGGUAUGAGUGCCUCUUCUUUCUGUUCUGCAUCCCGAAUCUAGUUCCAUCUCUUCCCACAAAUUUAUAGUUGUACAUUUCCGUCUAAUACUUUGACUCUGUCCUUCACUGCUCCAUCUAAAAAUUAAUUCCAUAUAUGUGAAUCUCCUCUCCAGGCAUCCACCCGCACACCCAACAACUUUUGUAACAGUAUGAAAUCAGCCUGCCGUUGCGGGUUGUUUCAAUCAGUGGGUUAUGGGAUCUAGUUCGAGAGCUCCUAUGGGAUGACGGCGGAGAUGGAUCUGAGAUUCCUGUGCUAGUUGAAGUCUUCCUAGACGGACUGAGGGAUGCGGAGGCUAGAUUCCUGGAUGACCCAGUCAGUUCGGGUGAUGUCGUCGGGUCGGAGGAUUUUGGCGGAGACAACGGUGGUUCUAGGUAUUUUAGAAUGUGGGGCCGGCGAUGGUUUGGGUGGCCUGCACGCGAAAAGCCAGCUCUAUGGUUGUAAUGUUUUUUUUUUUAAAGUUCGGGCGGGUCAGGUCGGGUCAUGGGUUGGGUUGGAUCAAGAUGACAUGGUGGGUUUCAUGAUGUGGCGGGUCGGGUUUUAAGUAUUUUGGGUUAAAAAUGGAUGACUGGACAUUUUUGUUUGCCACAUCAGCAAAAAAUUGACGCAGUUAACGGAAACUAACGGAGAGUGACCAAACAUGACUUAUUUUAGUAAACUUAGUGAUCAUGAAUAGAAUUAAAUAUUUGUA